AUGUGUCCUCUGCAGCUGAGGACACUGGUUUUUGUCGCGUGGGUGCUGGGCUACGUCGGCUUCCUGCUCUCCGCCAGAAGGAUGUGGACGGGGAAGUACGUCCGCAGCCCGCUCGUCCGCUCACUGUUUACGAACAUGGUGAGCGAGAGCGACGCGGCCGCGACCCGGACACAGGAGUGGUACCGGUGCUGUCCUGACCUGCUCGGAGAGUCAGUGAAGCCUCUGUUUGUCCAGAGCCACCUGGACUCGGGUACCAAGGCUUUUCUCAAGCAGAGUGUGGAGAAGUCUGGCUGGCUGUUCACCCAGCUGUACCAUUCGUUUGUCUCAACAGUCCUCAGCCCCCUGGUCUCACGCACAUCCAUCAAUGGGUUUCUGGGCCGUGGCUCUAUGUUUGUGUUCUCUGAGGAGCAGUUCCAGCAGCUGCUCCAUAUCGGCCCAGAGUGGAGGGCCGAGAGACUCCUGGACCUCGGAGCCGGGGAUGGAGGUGUCACCGAGGUGAUGGGAACCCAUUUCAGGGAGGUCUAUGUAACUGAGGUCUCAGCACCCAUGAAAUGGCAUCUGCAGAGGAGGAAUUUCAAAGUGCUGGGUAUAGACGAGUGGCAGCAGACUGAUUUUCACUAUGAUGUGAUCAGCUGUCUGAAUCUGCUGGACCGUUGCGACGAUCCUCUACAUCUCCUGCAGGACAUCAAGAGAUCACUAGUUCCCAACACAGGGAGACUCAUCCUGGCGGCUGUGCUUCCCUUCCAGCCAUAUGUGGAAGUCGGAGGGCAGUGGCAGCGUCCCAAAGAACACCUGAAAGUAAAAGGAAAGACGUGGGAAGAACAAGUAACCAACCUGUCUGAUGAGGUUUUCCAAAGGGCGGGGUUUGAGGUGGAGGCCGUGACCCGGUUGCCAUACCUCUGUGAAGGGGACAUGUAUAAUGAUUACUAUGUUCUUGAUGAUGCAGUUUUUGUUCUCAAAGCCUCAGACAAUAGUGAAGAGUCUGCUAACUGAAUACCAAACACACGGUGGGACUGAGGCCCUUAACUUUAUCCUGGUUGGUCGCUCCUGGAUGGAUUUUAGUGCAUUUUUUUCAAAAGUUUCAUUCAUAAAACAAAGUAUUUCUCACUUGCUUGGAAAUGGUGAGUCAGGCGUGAAGCUCAGGUACAGUAGGUCCUACAUUUACCAGCCAUCAUGUGUGACAGUGAUACCUCUACCUUUUAAGCGAAAAAAUAAGCGAAAGGCAAUUGGCCUCUAUUUUAGUGCCAGUGAAGAUCAAAUCUUUUAAGACAUAUCACCAUGUUGUAGGUAUUUGUUCUUUAAAGUCUGUUAUUUGUGGGAAGUAUUUACUGUUAGUGUUUCAUCGUACUGUAAUAAUAUGGGAACAAUCACGGUUCAAUCUUUGUUGAAUUUGUACUUUAAUUAUUUCUGUCUAAUGCAAAAGAUCAGUGUAUGCACACAUUUGAUUUAGCCAAUCUGAAUCGGGCUCCUUGUGUUUAAAUGCUACUUUUCUUUCUUUCUUUCUUUUUUUUUUUUUUUUUUUUUUACUUUUACUGGUGAUAGCAAAAGUAAUAUGAGGCCUUCUUAAAGCAAGCCUGUGUAACUUGUGUUAAACAGCAGUUACUGUAGCCACAAGUGACAAUUAUGGAAUAAUGUAAUUGUCACUUAAUGCGCUGCAUUAAUUGAUUUUUGAGUACUGGGGGCAGCUGACAAAUUUGUCUUUAAAAAAUUAUCACACAAUAUCGGACAAGUUGCUGUCGCAACUCGUUAGCCGUCACUUGCACAUUUACACACACAGCAGUCAAGGGGCAACAUUAGCAAUUAUUUUGGAGGCGUGUUUCUGGCUACUUGGUUUCUACCAGCUCGUGGGAAAGACAUCUGGCACUUUAGCAGCUAAAAUUAUAAUUGCUAACUUUGUCGUUUUUAGCUGAAAACAGCUCACUGGUGCAGCUAGAAAAAUUAGCUUUAUGAGAGUGAAGUUGUAGGCUGGAAAACCAAAAAUAACAAUUCAGAAUAGACUAAAAGGCUCCGUAGGGCUGAGGGGGAAUGUGGCAACUCCCAGGGAGUUUUGUCAUUAUUAGCAUCCCCUUUCACGUUAAAUGUAGUCAUUCACCCAUUGCCAAUAGCAAAAAUACUGAUUUUUGGAGCACAAAUAGAAAAAAAAAAAGCCAUAAAGUCGCCGAGUUGACACAGUAAUGUGAGUUAAACAACAACAUCUAGCUAAAGUUUGCUAACAUUAGCUAACAUUAGCCACCUUAGGCUACUGGUCAUACAAGACCAAGUAAGGCAGUAGCGGCAAAACCCCUGAGUGUAGUGAAAUAAGCAAGGGUGUGUUUUAUUGCUUAUGGAUUUGAGGAAAGUAAGGUGUUGUGCACCUAAAAUUUUACUGCACAGGGGACUAUUCAAAAUGUGCCACAAUUAAUGCAAUAUUUGUAGUGAAAGAGUAUAAUAUGGGCUCCAUAAUAAAAACUAUGAAUUGUUUUCUA